AUGGCAACCUCAGCACCUCAACAAGCACCAAACCAGCAAUCAAAUGUACCCUUCUCGUCUCGACCGAUAAAAGCUGCACCUGUACCACGCUCCGAUGCAUUGCGCGAACGCCGUAGGGACAUGUUCUUGCGCAAGGUUCGCCAGUCUCGCGAGGACAAUAAGUGGGACUCGAGAAUAGACGACGUACGUCUCUGCUCUGCAUACAAUCUCAAGUUCGGUGCUAACCCUUCGUCANNGAUGGCCAGACUCGACUACCUGAAAGAGAAGCGACGAUGGGAAGCCGAACAAGUACGAUCCGCACCCUCACUACAUCCCGAAUUCGCAGAAGCAGAGGAAGCAGAGGAGUACGACCUUCCAACAUACAGCAGCCAGAUGGCAUGGGAUCCACAGUCGCAGUCCGACUAUCCUCUAGACCCCGAAGCCGAUGCUAUUCUACAACAAGAGAAUGAAGAGCUGGAAGCCUUGGUCGCAUUGAUGCAGGAAGAUGAAUAUCGUCAAAAUCAGCAGUCCAACAGUCAAGAAGUUCACGACGAUCGCUCUUCAGCUUUUGGCAGCGAUGACGAUGAGUACGACAACAUCUUCAUGAAUAUGAUAGAUGAGACUGGUGGUGCAGCUGCUGGUUCUGGGCAUCAGCAAAAUGAGCCCACAGUGGAUGACGAGAUGGAUUUGAGCUAG